UACAAAGCAGGGAUGUGUUGUAAAUAGCUAGUGUGUAGCAGUGUUUGAAUUUCAGGUACUAUAAUUCGUCUGACGGAGGGAAGUUUAGUGUGAAAAAUAGAUGGUGGAGAUAUGCUAAUAAAAAAAAUGCUCUUUAGUUGGAGGCAACUGCAGUAGAAGCAUCAACAUGGAAGAUCAAUAGUUCAGAUUAGAUCAUCACUCUCUGUUGUAAGUUCUAGGCAAUUGGGACUGAGUGGGAAGCUUAGACGGUUAACUUCUUUAGGCAUAGACACGUGGCCUAGUGAUUAAGCUUAGUUUGUAAUGUAAAAAGGAAAAGUUAGUAUAAUGAAUUGUCUCUCUAGUUUUUGCUCUCUAUUUUUUUUUGCUGUAAUUUUAGUUCUGAUAUAGUGAGCUUUGUGUAAUGUAAUUUUCCACUUGAAUCUAUGAGGUUUUAGAUUUUAGUUUCUUCUACAAAAUUGUUCCUCGGAUGUACUAGGUUUCUGUCUAGUUUUUAACAGAAGAUACCACCGAUCUGUGCACCGGCUGAGAAUUAACAUCAGGGGGGUUUUGCGGCUAGUUCUUGAUGAGCGGCAGCCAGGCGCGGUGCAGACGUCUUGGCUAGUGGAUAACUAGUUGCCUUGUGGCCUGAACCCUCGCAUCGCCUACAUGAAAGGAGAUGGCGGCAUUCCGCUGUCCUAUGAGUCGACGACCGGAGACAUUUCCCACAAACUUACUUGUUGGAUGGAGAAGUACGUUGUCGUUUGGUUCCUGCAAGGCUAGCCGUUGGAAUAUGAUGUAAAGCCGAUGCCUCCUCCGCAGCUGCUGGUGAUUUCCGGUGCUUUCGAUGCACCUCCACCCAGUCUGAAUUUACUCAUGUGUUGGAGUCAAUGCAUCCGAUCUCGGAGGUAGAGCAGAGACUUCCGGAGAAGAAUCGGAACUCACUACUUGUGCAAAGGAACGAUCUCGUCGACCAAAAGCUCCUCCGAUGAAGUUGGUUUCUACUGAUCGCGCCACCACAUUCGCCAAAAGGCCUAUCCGAAUUAGACGAGAUUCCUCUAGAGGAACUAGAGAUGUAUGAGCCUUUCAGAGUACCCCCGCUUAAGCCGUUUUUUCCGCCACCAUGAUGACCGCCGCGCCUCCUGCCGUGAGCGCCGCCCAGGAGAUCCCUGUGGAGGUUCUCCAUCUUUUCUGUCUCAAUGCAUGAAUAAUCGCAUUGCAUGAUUACAUGUAAUAUUUCGGUUUUCAAUAUUAUAUAAAAAAUAAAUAUUUAUAUCGACUGACAUAUUAAAUAAAAACAGAAAAUUUCUAGAGUCUCUCCCUCUCCUCUCUAUUCUAUUUUCUCUAUUUUCUCUCUUGCGUUGAGGCGGCUCUUCUACAUCAGAUCGGCGGCUUCUCCCUCUCUUCUCCGCUUGACAAUCGAGCAACCGCUAAAUUUAAGCCUGAUUUCCAUUUUGAAGGAGUCCCCAUUCUCAAGAGUGAGCAGGUACAUCGAGCAAGCAUGUUUAGACUCCGGGUCCACUCUAUCGACCAGCUCCAUCGGCCGGAGAAUGCCGGCGGCGCCACUACCAGCAAUCAAGCACCGCCACCAUCCCCCCAGAACCCCAAUCCUAGAAUCCAAGUCCGGCGUGGCGUCAUCCAUCUCUACCAUCCCACCCGCUCCCCCUCCGCUUCCUCCUCCUCCUCCCUCUGUCAUCCACCCCUCGAGUCGCUCCUUCCUAGUCAGCGCAUCACGCUCCUCUUCGCCCUUGCCGUCCCUUCACGCGUCUCCAUCAAUGACUUCCUCCGAUUCUGCCACCCUUACAGCCCCGCCUGCGAAAUUCUUAUAAUCAGGAAUGAUGCGGUGGAGGACCUGUACAGUGUGGUGGUCAGGUUUGAUGAGCAGGAGAGCGCGGAUAGGUUCUAUUGUGAUCUUAAUGGUUGGCGUCUCUCGGAUACAGAGCCAGAGGUCUGCCACAUCUUGUUUCUAGACUUCGUGGAGUUCACAGAGUACACUGAGAUUGCGAGUAUUCCUCCCAUUGGGUUCACCGAGUUGCCCACUUGCCCUGCUUGCCUCGAAAAAUUGGAUCAAGAUAUAAGUGGGAUUGUUGCAACUACUUUUGACCAAUUCUUUCCAAGCACUUCAAAGUGGUUUAAUUCCUGUUGUCCUGUUUGUCAAUUCCUUCAGGAGCAUACCCUAAAGGCUACAUGCUCAACUUGUCACACAUCUGAACACCUUUGGAUCUGUCUGAUAUGCGGCUUCGUUGGAUGUGGAAGGUACAAAGAAGGUCAUGCUAGAGACCACUGGGGGGAUACUCACCAUUGCUAUGCCCUUGAUCCACAUGCACAGCAAAUUUGGGAUUAUGUUGGUGAUACCUAUGUUCACCGUCUUAAUCAGUCCAGAAGUGAUGAUAAAUUUCAGUCCCGCUGCAGGUUCACUAUUGACAACUGUGCAAGUUGUGAAUGCAGUGAUGAUUCCUGCUUCAGUAGAGUUCUAUAUGUCAGCCAAGUUGAAGCAUUAAAGGAUGAAUACAACCGUCUGCUUGCAAAUACACUUGAUGAGCAGAAACAGCAUUAUGAGGCUCUACUUUCAAAGAUUGAAGAAGACAAGGAGAAAAAUAUUUCUGAAGCAUUGGAAACUGCUUUGAGUUUGAGGCUGCAGGACAUUCAACUUAAACUUGAAAAUAGCAUCAAGGAGAGGAAAAUUGCUGCAGAUACUAAUGAGGAGCUUAUGAAGAAUCAGAGUGUUUUGCGUGAAAAGAUGAAGGAAAUUGAGGAGAGGCAGAAAGCUGCAGCAAAAUUGAAGGAUGAGAAGAUUCAUGAACUGGAAGAAGAGAUUAGAGAUUUCACAGUUUUCAUAGAAGCCCAAAAGGUUCUAGAUAAUGUUGGAGGCUCCAAUGAUAUCAAAGGGGGAACAGUGCUGCCUGUUACGGCCCCUCAACCUUCUGCUGGCCGAUCAAGAAGACCUACUAAGCUGAACCGAAAGCGAACUUAGGCUUACGGACCAGGAUGCAUUCUUUCAGAGUUGCAUUUUGUGUUUUUUUUUUUUGGGAAAGAGGAGCGGGGCGAGCUCACUAAAGACCCGGGGACGCGCAUGCCUCGUGGAAUAAAU